AUGGAUUGCUCAGCGCCCCCUGGUGUUUUAUACGCUGUCUUGUUUGUAGCCGGCAGCCCGGCAGCGACGCAGAAUCGUCGCAGCCUGUGUAACAACAUCGCGCAGCGCGUCCGGAUGAGGGCCAAUUGUUUUGUGACGACGAUCGACAGCAAGUUCAUCGUCGCCUGCGGGUUCUGGGACCACAGCUUCCGCGUGUUCAACACGGACUCAGCUGCGAUCACACAGAUCAUCUACGGUCACUACGACAUCGUCACCUGCCUCGCUCGCUCAGAGUGUAACAUCACGUCCGACUGCUACAUCGCCACGGGUUCCCGCGACGCCACCGUCAUGUUGUGGGACUGGAGCGCACGCCUACAGAUGCUGGUGGGGGAGAGCACGGCUCCGGGUCAGCUACCGACCCCGCGCACGACCUUGACAGGUCACGACCGAGAGGUCACCUGCGUCGUCAUCUCCGCCGAGCUGGGACUCGUAGCGAGCUCCUCGAAAGACGGGCCGUGUCUGCUGCACACGGUGACCGGAGACCUGCUGCGCUCGCUCGAGCCCGCCGUCGGAUUCCGCUCCCCGGAGCUGAUCCUCCUCUCACGCGAGGGCUUCAUCUUCGUCAAGUACGACUACGGGAACCUGUGCGCGUUCACGAUCAACGGCAAGCUGCUCGAGAGCAUCUCGCACAACGACACGAUACAGGACCUGUGUUAA